AUGUGGGUGUUCAGAAACAAGCUUGAUGAGUUUGAGAAUGCAACAAUGAACAAGGCCAGGUAUUUAAAGGAAGAAGACUUUGUCAAACAACUACCUAGUUUUGAAUGUCAUGAGCAUCCUGAAUAUAUAUUUAAGCUUGACAAGGCACUAUAUGGUUUAAUGCAGGCACCUCGUGCAUGGAAUGAAAGGUUGUCCAGGUUCCUUCUGGAAAAUGGCUUUACAAGAGAGAAAAUUGACAACACUCUCUUUUUGAAGAAACAAGGGAGGAACCUAUUGAUUUUGCAAGUUUAUGUUGACGACAUCAUUUUUGGUGCAACAAAUGAUUCCUCAUGUGAGGAGUUUGUCAAGCUUAUGGGAAGCGAGUUUGAGAUGAGCAUGAUGGGGGAACUGAACUUUUUCUUAGGUCUGCAAGUUAAGCAAACCUCUAAGGAAAUGAUGAUAAGUCAACAGAAAUAUAUUAAAGAGCUUCUGAAGAGAUUUGAGAUGGAAAGUUCAAAAACCAUUAAUACUUCUAUUGCCACUGCCACUCGUCUGGACAUGGAUGCACCUGGUUCUCCUGUGAACGAAACCAUGUAUAGAGGUAUCAUUGGUUCACUCUUGUAUCUCACAGCCAGCAGACCUGAUAUUGUGUUCAGUGUGGGAUUAUAUUCUAGAUUCCAAUCAAUUCCAAAGGAAUCUCAUCUGAAAGCUGCUAAGAGGAUUCUAAGGUAUCUCAAAGGAACACAUGACCUGGUCCUCUACUAUCCUUCAGGAGACAAUCUCGAAUUAAUUGGGUAUGUCGAUGCUGAUUAUGUUGGUUAUUUGGUGGAUAGAAAUAACACAUCUGGUAUGGCACAUUUUCUAGUAUCAUGCUUGAUUUCAUGGGGUACAAAGAAACAAAACUCUGUGACUCUUUCUACUGCAGAAGCUGAAUAUGUGGCAGCUGCCUCCUGUUGUGCUCAACUAUUGUGGAUCAAGUAUUAA